CACAAAUCAACAUGGGUUCACUCAUAUGAGUAGGUCUGCUAUAGCUGCACGUACCGACACACGCACAGACACACGCACAGAGUCCAAAUAGGCUGAGUACACACUGCCGAAAACACACUUGACACACCGACAAAUCACAACCGAUUGAACUGAACCACCGCCUCAUCUAAUCCGCCCCUCUCUUGGCACCACCCAUGCCGCCACAACCGAUAUGUCAUCCGCCCUCCCCCCCAAUCGCCCCUCCACAUUGCCGGAUGCUGUGAGGCUGUCUCUGCGGGUGCUGUUGGCACAUGCAGCCGAGCACACUGCUGACGCGACGUCGUGGGCUGUGGGUGAACCGGGCAUUCUGUUGAUGAUGGUCUCGAUGUCGUCGUCGCACAGAAUGUUGGUUACACCAGGAGACAGGCAGAGCAAAAGAUCACCCUCAGAUGUCGCCAGACGAUGCUCUUGUAGCGCCAUCAGCAGAGUGGCGGGAGGGGGAUCCAUGCUGUGUCGCGGGGGAAAGAAAGAGAGCUGUCUCGGCGCGUUGUCGUUGACCAUCAUCGGCUCCGUUCGGCUGAGAAUGUGCAGCUCUCCGUCCUCCGCAUCUCGCCACAGAACCAUGGCCACCGAAUCCCCAAAAGACGCCAUAUCAACGCCAUAUACACCCCUCCCCUGGGCCAUGUCCGGCGGCACUUGGUUGAGGGCCGCCACAGCAAUUGUACUGGCCCCUCGUGGGCAGCCGCUUCUCUCGGCCGCCUCCCAUGUCGCCACGAUGAGGUCGGAUGCUCGAUUGUUGGUGACCGACACGAUUGGCUGUGCGGUCGCUUUCUCCCUAGCGGUGUCGGCCAACCAUUGAGUCAGCGGGCGCCCCGACCCUUCAGACCCACGAAUGGCUGACACGCCGCCCGCCACCACGAUGACCCCCGCGUGGUUGUCGAAGGCGAUUCCAUCAGGCCCUUCACUGUUGAGGGAUCGAACGCAGGCGGCUGAUUGAAGUGUGAGGGAGGGAGGGGGCUGGAUCUGGGAAAAGAGGGAGGCGACGGGAGGCGCUGCGGCGGCGGGAGGGCGCUGUGGCGGUAGAGGGGCGAUUUCCAUGACCAUCUCAGCGGCUUCAUCAGGGGCCGGCACGUUUGUCGCUGUCGUGGGGCUGUGGUCGAAGAGGCCCCUCCACCACUGCUCGCAGCUGUGGAGGAAUCCCUCGAUCUCGUGCUGCUUUGCUGUGAGUAUCUUGAAAGUGAUGUAGCCGGCAGCACAGCCGAUGACGACGGGAUUCGUGGCCGCGUGGAGCACAUGGAGGAGGGAGGCGGAAGCCACCUUCAACGCUCCCAUCUUGCCCCCGCUGCCCGCGACCACGGCCACCACGCUGGUCUUGCUUCCCCAAGCGGCGGGCGCCGUCGUGGCGAUGGGCAUCUUGACUGGAUUGGGGGAGGGAAGUAGAGCGCAGAGAGGGCGAUGGGGGCGGGCGAGGAGGACAGCAGAGGCACAGGCAAAGCUGUCGUGACGCAGAUCUUGGUCGACGAGGGCGUGAAGC